AAAUCGCUUAACGCUUUGCUGUGCAACGUAGCCGAGCCUGUCACACCACCGCUCUUGCUACCCAUGUCCUCUCUUCUCCGACCUCAACAGGAUCAACCUCCCGUUGAAGAAAUGUUGGUUCAGCUCGACCCUCUCGUGUUCUCACAUCCCAUUCGCCGCGACAUCCUUCACCUCUGCGUCGUCCACCACCUCGACAGUCUUCGGCAAGGGACAGCGUCCACCAAAACCCGUUCUGAAAUUCGUGGUUCCGGACGGAAGAUCCGACCACAGAAGCGUACCGGUAAAGCGCGUUUGGGAGACAAAAAGAGUCCCAUGCUUCGUGGUGGAGGUGUUGCUUUCGGACCUAAACCACGCGAUUUCAGCACGAAGUUGCCCCGAAAAGUGACCCAGAUGGGAAUGCGUAUCGCGCUGAGCGCGAGGGUGAAGGAGCGGGCAUUUGGUGUUGUGGAGAGCCUCGAGUGGGAUAUGCCGAAGACAAAGAGUUUUGCUGCGAGGUUAGAGGAGCUCUCGUGGGGCAAGACCUUGUUCGUCACAGGUCUGAACGAAGUUCCGACCAACUUGGAGAGGGCAAGUGGCAACAUUCCUUUGGUUGACACGGUCACAGCGGAAGAGCUCACAGUCUAUGAUGCGGUGAAGUGGCCACGGCUGGUCCUCGACCUUGCGGCCGUUGACUGGUUUGAGCAGACCUUGGGUAGGCACCAGACAGAGUAGACAACCUCUCAUACGCGAUGCACAGAUGCAUUACCUACUGCUGCUGCAUAAUUUAUCAGUAAAAUCUUGGUCAUUCGC